AGAAGACUGAUCACGUGACUUUGCGGAAGUGGAAGUGUAAACAACACAAAAGGUGCCUGAGCGACAAUGCUCCGAUUUUGGGCUGUAUUGAUAUUUUUGGGGGGACGCCUGGACAAAGUGUAUGUAUGCGGGGCUCAGUCGGAGCCAGAAGCCGUGCAGGGCAGAGCGAGCUGUGGCUGUGAGAGUUUGAAGAGAGACCCCGGUGUAGAGCACAAGACAUCAUCGCAGGAUGCAGCUGUAAAAUAUUCUAUAGGAGCAAAUGAGGUGUUUUCUGAUGCAAAUGGGGAGGAGAAGAUACUAAGUAAGAUGGUGCUGAUUUCUGGCGGAGAAUUUCUAAUGGGAACAGACAACCCAGGCAUCCCUGCUGAUGGCGAGGGUCCUCAGAGGCGGGUCCAUGUGGACUCUUUCUACAUGGACAUCCAGGAAGUCACCAACCGACAGUUCCAGAGCUUUUUUAAUGCCACAGGCUACGUGACCGAGGCAGAGAAGUUUGGGGAUUCGUUUGUUUUUGAAGGAAUUCUGAGUGAGAAUGUCAAAAGCCAAAUCACACAAGCGGUGGCUGCUGCCCCCUGGUGGCUCCCAGUAAAUGGUGCCAACUGGAGACACCCAGAGGGUUCUGACAGUGAUAUCAAAGACAGACUGGAUCAUCCUGUUAUUCAUGUGUCUUGGGCAGACGCUGUUACCUACUGUACAUGGGUCAGCAAGAGGCUUCCCACAGAAGCAGAGUGGGAGUACGCCUGUAGGGGCAACUUAAGAGACAGACUUUACCCAUGGGGAAAUCUGCUGAACCCAAAGGGGCAACACUUCGCCAACCUCUGGCAGGGGGACUUCCCCCAACAUAAUUCUGCAGAAGAUGGAUAUGUCAAAACCUCACCGGUGAUGUCUUUUCCCGCCAAUUCUUUUGGUGUGUUUGACAUGGUGGGGAAUGUGUGGGAAUGGACGUCAGACUGGUGGACAGUGCAUCACUCCGCAGAGCAACAAAAUAACCCGAGAGGUCCUCUAUCUGGCACUGACAAAGUAAAAAAGGGAGGGUCAUACAUGUGUCACAAGUCAUACUGUUACCGGUACCGCUGUGCGGCUCGGAGCCAGAACACGCCGGACAGCACCGCCUCCAAUCUUGGUUUUCGUUGCGUCUCUCCACAGCCACAUUGACUCACACUUGGGUCACAGGGUUUGUAAUGUUAGGUCCAUCUCCUUGGCCUGAUUGUAUGCACUGCUUUAUUGCAGACAUAUGACUUUUUAAUUACAAUAAGUCAGUAUUUUUCUUUCAUUUUUGUUUGAAAUGAAUGAAAAUCAUUUUGUAUCAGAGUCCACGAAACAAUUACAGGCCUCGAUCUUUAAAUUUUUAAGGUCAAGGCGAGUGUUUCCUUAAAGGAGGGCUCAUAUUUAAGGCCACCAAGGUAAUAUAUAUAUAUAUAUAUAUAUAUAUAUAUAUAUAUAUAUAUAUAUAUAUGUAUGUGUGUGUGUGUGUGUAUAUAUACAGUAUAUAUGUAUAUCUACAGUAUAUAUAUAUGUAUGUAUACAUGUAUAUAUAUAUUUAUAUAUAUGCUGUAUAUAUAUAUAUAUAUAUAUAUGUAUAUGUGUGCAUAUAUAUAUAUAUAUAUAUAUAUAUAUAUAUAUGUGUGUGUGUGUGUGUGUGUGUGUGUGUGUGUGUAAAUAUACAGUAUAUAUAUGUAUAUCUACAGUAUAUAUGUAUGUAUGCUGUAUAUAUAUGUGUAUAUAUAUAUGUAUAUGUGUGUGUGUAUAUAUAUAUGUAUAUAUAUAUACAUAUAUAUAUACUGUAUAUAUAUGUAUAUAUACAUAUAUAUCCAGGAGGCGGGAUUACUGCGAGCCACACCCAGUGCGUCUUCGCAGACGUUUUAUGGUUGCUCAGCACAAGCAAUACGUUACACAUAUACAGUUGUUGACAAAAUACACUGUACAUUAUAUACCUCAGCUAACUAAACUUUGGAAAUUUAAAAUAUAAUUCAUAUAGCAAUACGGACUCACUGCACAGAAGGCCAGCAGUUAGCCGAGUCAUUGCGCAAUCCAUGCCGAGGCUCAACUGGCGGGUGACUCAUGCACCUCUUUAACGGUAGGUGCAUAUCCACUGUAUGAGAGAUAACCUAAAAAGAAAAAUCCAGAAAUCACAAUUUAUUUUUGUGAUACAGCUGAAAAUAAGUAUUUGAACACCAACAUUAAUAUGUGGUAGAGUAGCCGUAGGCGCAAACUGGCAGCCACGCUUCCGUCAGUCUACCCCAGGGCAGCUGUGGCUACUGAUGUAGCUAACCACCACCAGGUGUGAAUGAAUGUUGAGUCCCACUUCUCUGUGAGCGCUAUGAGUGUUUAGAAAAGCGCGAUAUAAAUCUAAGUUGUUAAGCCUUUUUUUGCAAUUACAGAGGCCAAACGUUUAGUUUGACCUCUGUAACCUGGUGAAGAACGUGUAGUUCUUCACCAGGUUUGCACGGACUGCAGGAGGGAUUUUGGCCCACUCCUCCACACAGAUCUUCUCUAGAUCAGUCAGCUUUCUGGGCUGUCGCUGAGUAACACAGACUUUCAGCUCCCUCCAAAGAUUUUCAAUUGGAUUUAGGUCUGGAGACUGGCUAAGCCACUCCAGAACGUAGAUAUGGUUCUUACGAAGCCACUUCUUGGUUUUCCUGGCUGUGUGUUUUGGGUCAUUGUCAUGUUGGAAGAUCCAGCCACUACUCAUCUACAAUGAUCUGACUAAGGGAAGGAGGUUUUGGCUAAAAUCUCACAAUACAUGGCUGCAGUCAUCCUCUCCUUAAUACAGUACAGUCCUCCUGUCCCAUGAGCAAAAAAAAACACCCCAAAAGCAUGAUGCUACCACCGCAUGCUUCACAGUAGGGAUGGUGUUCUUGGGAUGGUACGCAUCAUUCUUCUUCUUCCAAACACACAUAGCGGAAUUAUGACCAAAAAGGUACAUUUUGGUCCAAUCUGUCCACAAAACUUUCUCCCAUGACUCCUCUGGAUCAUCCAAAUGGUUAUUGGCAAACUUAAGACGGGCCUUAACAUGUGCUGGUUUAAGCAGGGGAACCUUCCGUGCCAUGCAUGAUUUCAAACCAUGACGUCUUAGUGUAUUACCAACAGUGAACAUGGAAACAGUGGUCCCAGCUCUUUUCAGGUCAUUGACCAAGUCCUGCCAUUGAGACCCCACGAGGUGAUAUCUUGUAUGGGGCUCCACUCCGAUUGAGAUUGACCGUCAUGUUUAGCUUCUUCCAUUUUCUCAUGAUUGCUCUAACAGUGGACCUUUUUUCACCAAGCUGCUUGGCAAUUUCUCCAGAGCCCUUUUGAUCCUUGUGGAGUUGUACAAUUUUGUCUCUACUGUCUUUGGACAGCUCUUUGCUCUUAGCCAUGCUGAAUGUUUGGGUCCUACUGAUUGUAUGGGGUGGACAGGUGUCUUUAUGAAGCUAACGACCUCACACAGGUGCAUCUGAUUCAGGAUAAUACAGUGGAGUGGAGGAGGACUUUUAAAGGCGGACUAACAGGUCUUUGAGGGUCAGAAUUCUAGCUGAUAGACAGGUGUUCAAAUACUUAAUUUCAGCUGUAUCAGACGAAUAAAUUGUUAAAAAAUCAUUGAUUGUGAUUUCUAAAUUUUUCUUUUUAGGUUAUCUCUCAUACAGUGGACAUGCAUCUACCGUGAAAAUGUCAGACCCCGCCAUUAUUUCUAAGUGCUCCCACUUAGAAAUCAUGGAGGGAUACCAAAAUGGAUACAUGGAUACAUGGAUGAUACAGCAGAGGAUUGGGAGAAUGUCAUUUGUAUAGAUGAAACCAAAAUAAAACUUUUGGGUAAAAUCUCAACUUGUCGUGUUUGGAGGAAGAAGAAUACAGAGUUGCAUCCCAAGAACACCAUAACUACCGUGAAGCAUGGGGGUGGAAACAUCAUGGUUUGGGGCUGUUUUUCUGAUAGGGGGAAAGGACGAUUGAUCCGUGUUAAGAAAAGAAUGAAUGUGGCCAUGUAUCAUGAGAUGUUGAGCCAAAACCUCCUUCCAUCAGUGCGAGCUUUGAAUGGUUGACCAAAUACUUAUUUUCCACCAUAAUUUACAAAUAAAUUCUUUAAAAUUC